CGCUUGCUGAUGAUCUGUUCCACGGUGACCACGACUCGCUCAGUUUAUGUAUACGCACGCGGCUCGCUUGCUGUAGUGUAAGCAGUGGCAUUGCAAAUCUGUCACCGAAGCUGUCAAUAGCUAGAGAGAGAUAGAGAGAGAGAGAGAGAGCAGGGUGCGGCGCCGGAGCGGAGGAAGAUGAGCGGGAGCAGCAACAGCAGCCUGGAGACGCGCACGUUCCUGGACGAGGUGCGCGGCCUGGAGAAGAACUGGAUGGUCGACCUCGGCCACCCGCUCCUCAACCGCGUCGCCGAGAGCUUCGUCAAGGCCGCCGGCAUCGGCGCAGUCCAGGCGGUCGCGCGGGAGUCUUACUUCAUGGCCAUGGAAGGGGAGGGUGGGGGCACGGGAGCCGUGUCCGACUCCACCGGCGCCAGGAAGCGAUCGUUCCCGGAUCUCAACGGAGGGAACAGCAGCAAGUCAGCUGAGGCUAUGGUGAAAAGCGUGAGCAAAGAGUCUCUCCAGUGGGGGCUCGCGGCCGGGUUGCACUCGGGGCUGACCUACGGCCUGACGGAGGCGCGCGGGACGCACGACUGGAAGAACAGCGUGGUGGCGGGCGCCCUCACCGGCGCGGCCGUCGCGCUCACCUCGGACCGCGCGUCGCACGAGCGGGUGGUGCAGUGCGCCAUCGCCGGCGCCGCGCUGUCCACGGCCGCCAACGUGCUCUCCGGCAUAUUGUGAGCCGCUCAGCCGGCAAAUUAGCUGUCCGGAGUUUUAACUACCUGCAUCUUAACUUCUCAAGUCUGCCAUUGUUAUGCUAGCUGUUGGAGCUUGGAAGUCUUCAGUGUAGCACUCGUUGUAAUUGGCAUCUUGUAUGCUUGAUUUCCUGUGCUAUCACGGGGUACAAAUAAAUCGAAAAAUCAUGUCGAACCUGUUCUAAUGAGUA